AACACCAACCAAAGACAUAAAGGGGAAGAAGAACGGCAAAACUUUUUUUGUUUCCAAUGCGAAGACUUCUUUGGACACUAUUCCGUCAGAUCAGAUAGAUGAUUUGUCCACAAGCUUGCACGUAUAAUGAAUGCCCAGCUGUCGAUGGAGAACAUUGGCGAUCUGCACGGUGUGGGCCAUGAACCAGUGCACACGGCGGAGCUGAUGAGCGACAGUCCUCAUCACAGGAGCACGGUACCCCAUCGCAGCAACCUGUCAGCCCACGCACGCUCAAUGGGCAUGGCAACAAUCCUGGACAGCGGCGACUAUCACCACCAUCGGCCCCCGGAGCACGGACUAGCCAGCCACCUGCACCCGGCCAUGACCAUGGCGUGCGAGGCUCCCCACGGCAUGAGCAUGAGCAGCACCUACACCACGCUGACUCCCCUGCAGCCGCUACCUCCCAUCUCCACCGUCUCGGACAAGUUCCCUCACCACCAUCAUCACCAUCACCACCAUCAUCCUCCCCAUCAUCACCAGAGGAUCCCGGGCAAUGUGAGCGGGAGUUUCACCUUGAUGCGGGACGACAGGGGUCUGGCGUCGAUGAACAACAUUUACUCGCCGUACCACAAGGAUGUUACCAGCAUGGGACAGAGCCUGUCCCCCCUGUCGGGCUCCGGACUAGGUGGCAUCCACAACUCGCAACAGGGACUGCCGCCGUAUGCACACCCGGGAGCCGCCAUGCCCACGGAGAAAAUGCUCACACCGAACGGAUUCGAGGCACACCAUCCUGCCAUGCUAGCCCGGCACGGUGAGCAGCACAUGUCCGCCUCCUCGGGAAUGGUGCAAAUCAACGGGAUCCACCACCACCCGCACGCCCACCUCAAUGCUCAGAGCCACGGACAAGUGCUAGGCUCCGGCCGUGAACAAAACCAUUCCUCGGUGCCUGGUUCACAGGUCAACAAUGGAGGCAAUUCGGGGCAAAUGGAAGAAGUCAAUACCAAAGAAGUAGCCCAGCGGAUCACUACUGAGCUGAAACGGUACAGUAUCCCCCAGGCCAUUUUUGCCCAGAGAGUGCUCUGCCGAUCACAGGGGACCCUAUCUGACCUGUUAAGAAACCCCAAACCCUGGAGCAAGCUCAAGUCUGGACGCGAGACUUUCAGGAGAAUGUGGAAGUGGUUGCAAGAGCCUGAGUUCCAAAGAAUGUCCGCGCUCAGGCUCGCAGGUGAGGGAACACUAGCCUGCAAGAGGAAGGAGCAGGAGCAUGGCGGGGGCAAAGGGGACCGUGGUGGUGGCGGCGGCGGCAGCCUUGCAAAGAAGCCUCGUCUGGUCUUCACCGACGUCCAGCGCCGGACUUUACACGCAAUAUUCAAGGAGAACAAGCGUCCGUCCAAGGAGCUCCAGAUCACCAUCUCCCAGCAGCUGGGCCUGGAGCUGGCCACCGUUAGCAACUUCUUCAUGAAUGCGCGGCGGCGGAGCCUGGACAAGUGGCAGGACGAUGGCUCCCACCACUCGGCCAACUCCAAUUCCUCAUCCAGCACUUGUACCAAAGCAUGAAGGAGGAGUACGGGGGCCUAUACGGUUAUAUAGGCCACAGUGACUGAAACACAAAAAAAACCUUUCGGUGGAAAAGCUUUAACUAGAAUAAACCAAGAAAGAAAGAUGACAAACAAACAAGAGAAAACCCUCUAGACAGCGAGUUUGCCCUUAAAACUUGUACAAUACUGAUAUUUAUAAUACCCAAAGAAACAAAAAACCAAAGACUUUGUUUGACCUGUUGUGUUGAAAGACCCUUGCUCUGCAACACUUUCACGUCUGAUGUACUGCAAAAAAAGGUUACUCUGAAAUCACAGUGGUACCAUAAGCCCACAUCUCUACUGCGCCCUGCCUCCCACUGUCACUGUCAUCUUUCAACGUGACUGGUUCAAAUGGACAUUAUUUUGUUUGUUUCCCUUAACUGUCUCAGCUUGUCCCAGCUUGGACUCUCAAUCUCUGCCUCUUAAGUAUGUGUUGUGCUUGAUUGUGUUGCAGUCAGAUGGGAGAGGUUUGUUGUGGGGCACCCCAAGGAGAAAAGCACUGUGGUGCAGCCCAGACAGGUGGCCACUUAGCUGGGGCGGAGUGGGGAAUGGCCCUGGGUGACUCACAGCGGAGGCAGCAUGCUUGCCAAGGCUUUGUAGUCAGUCAGUUAUAUGUGUGUGUGUGUGUGUG